UAAGAAGAUAAGCAGCAGAAGAAGAAGAUAAGCAUAAGCGAAAGGGAAAGUGUCAGACUCACUUGAGAGUUAGAAACUGCUACACGAGGCUACUGCAAAAGUAGUGAACAUUUCUAAAUCAUGGCCAAACUGUCUGUCUUUUUGUUUGUUCUUUCCUUUUCCACCAUUGUCAACGCAGGUCCAGGAUCACAUUCUCUGUGGGCAGUUGCAACAUACAUCAUCGGAGAGACGCCUUUCCCUGAGUUUACGGUUGUGUUGAUGUUAGAUGAAGUUCAAGUGGGUUACUAUGACUCCAACAAUAAACAGUCUAUCUACAGGGGACUUAACCCGACAGACAAAAUAUAUGAUGACCUAGCUCAGGAGGGAGAUGAUGUAUUUGGAGAAAUCUACUACGAUAUGAAAGAGAGAUCCGUUCAGCUAAAGCACCACUUAAACCUCACAGAAGGUAUUCAAGUUCAGCAAAGAAUGGCUGGCUGUGAGAUGUUGGACAUUGGUGAACCAGCCAUGAUCAUGUUUAAGGAUAAUUUCAAUGCCAUUUAUACAGAUCAAAUGGUAUAUUACAACAUGACACAUUUUAAAUACGAUGCUGGGAAACUACUACCAGGAUGGGAUGGGAUGAUGCAAGCGUAUAAAAGAAGACUUUAUGAGAAUGAUCUCCUUCCCAGGUGCAUCAAGACACUGACGACAUUCCUGAAGAAAGAGAAUAACAUUGUAAUGCGUAAAGUUCCUCCCAGACUCAGGUUGAUAAAGAAAGAGGUUUCUGGAGGGCUCCAGGUGAGCUGCCUUGCGUUUGGUUUCUACCCCCGCCACAUCAACCUGACCCUGCUGAGAGACGGCCAGCCAGUGGCAGAACAGGAGCUGGCAGGGGGGGAGGUGCUGCCUAGUGGAGAUGGGACCUACCAGCUGAGGAAGAGUCUGGAGGUCAGUACUGAGGAGCUAAAGAAGAGACACAACUACACCUGUACUGCCUCUCACCUCAGUCUGGACAACAAGCUGGAUGUCAGUUGGGAGUCUGGGGCAGAGAGAGUACACCUAUCCACACUCUCAGCUCUUUUUUUAUUUAACCUUUAUUUAACUAGGCAAGUCAGUUAAGAACAAAUUCUUAUUUACAAUGACGGCCUACUCUCAGCUCUACUGGUGAUGGUGCUGAUUGUUAUUCUAUGGGCAUUUUCAUUUGUGUCAAAAAGAGGAGACGCACCGUAUAGCAGACAUUGUCUCAACUUGCCAACGUUAAUGCGAAAGUGGCGGAGGAAAUUAGCCUGUCUUCAGAUUCCGCGACAUAAGGGACAGAUCAGUAUUUACUGGGGGGAAGGGUUGUCCAAAAUGUGGGAGGGUUCCCAAACUUCUUGUUUUUUGCUUUGAGGAGGGUUGUGUGUUUUUUUUUACUGGGCACAGUGGAGGGUAGUGUGUUUCUUCCUGGUUAACAUUGCUCUUGUGCAGGUUUUACUAUAUCAUUUCUUCCAUCCUAGCCAAAUUUCCUUAUCUGCUUGCGUGUGCCUCCCCUAUAUCAAGGUGUUUUGGUACUUCCCUUAUACACCACGCUUUUCCAUAUGCUAACUUUUACUAUACCACAGGUCAGUAUAGUCUACCAGUCUAAUGGUCUAUCCUGCCCAGGUCAGUAUAGUCUACCAGUCUAAUGGUCUAUCCUGCCCAGGUCAGUAUAGUCUACCAGUCUAAUGGUCUAUCCUGCCCAGGUCAGUAUAGUCUACCAGUCUAAUGUCUAUCCUGCCCAGGUCAGUAUAGUCUACCAGUCUAAUGUCUAUCCUGCCCAGGUCAGUUUAGUCUACCAGUCUAAUGGUCUAUCCUGCCCUCUAUCCACCAUUCAUAGUGAUAAUAGUGGUAGGUGGAUCGUUGUCCAGAUCUGCAAUAAGCUAACUAGCAAUCAUACCACACAUAAAAGCAUUCAAAGUUGCAUCCAUAUGAAUCAACAAAACAAUAUAGGAAUAGCUGAUAGGCAGUGAACAUGCCAGGUGCAUCGUUACACAUGAAAGAACAGUGAAGAAACAAACAGCUCAAAAAGCUCCCCUAUUGAUCUUGUUUAGGGACAAUACAAUUAACCUACCUAGACUAUAGUAGCGUACAACACUAGAAUGCAAUGAAUAAUAGCAUUAUUGUUUUCAAGUGAGUACAAAAUUCUACUCUACUAUUUUUUUGCGAGUAAAGUAGCCUACAUGUUGGAAAAAAAUGUCACCACAUCAUGGGAAAGAAUGUAGUUUACUAGACUACAAAUUAAAUAAAUUAUGAUGAACUUCACAGGGUGGUGAAAGUGCACAGUGAUGAGGUUGAUCUUCCUUUCAAUAAAUAUGGAGGAUCGUAUUCUGGUGACAUGAUCGAUACUUGGCUCCCAUUUGACAAAUAAAAAUAAUCUCGCACUUUUGUCCAUAAUAAUCUCAUCAUGUAGUAGGCUAAACCCGCGCUGUAUCUGCAAGAUGUUGGCUAGAGCGCACAUGCCAAUACCAGAGUGGGCACAUUCGAUAUACCUACUCCACAUUGUUUGUGACAAAACCUUCAGUAGGCCUAGAGUUGAAAAUGCGAUGGAAACCCAUUUAACAUGUAUUCUUUAUUCGGUACAUGGGAAUUUAACCUCAAAAGUUAUUUUAAUGUGCACUACAUAUUUAUGCACAGACCUGUAUCUGAAACAAGUCCAUUUGAUGGAAACACAACACAAUUAAAAGCCAAUAAAUAAACUUGUAGUGGGCCAAAUUCUCCAGGAGAGUCUAUCAUAGCCUACACCCUGAAUUCACGCUUCAGCACCAUUCUCUCACGCCUUGCGCACACGUGAGACAGCUGCUGAGGAUAGAGAGAGGGAGAGAGGAGCCUUGGCCUAGGCUGCUGUUGAUUGUGAUGAUGGAGGCCUUUUUCAUUGAAGUAAACAAAAGUUAGAGGGAAAAGAGUAAGCCUAUAGUGAAAGGCCUACAAGGGGAAUUUAAUAUAAGUUUUAAUAUUGUAGUGGACUAAGAUGAGAAGAACUUUGGCAAGACCAAAUGAAGGCUACUGUGCAACUCCCUAUUCAGGUAGGAUGCAAUUUUGAAACUUAAAUAUUUAUAAUCAUUAUUAUAAUUGUAUAUCAUUGUUAUUAUUGUAAGCCUAUUUAUUAAUCGAAACCAGAUUUUUUAAUAUGCAAAACCUGUUUUGUUUAAUUCUGUUGAGACAUUUUCAUUGGCUAAAUUACAUUUGAUCAGUCUUUUUAAUUGUGUGCUCCAUAUUAAAUUUAAGAUUGUUUAUAAGUAGGUCUGUUUAAAAUAAAUAUCAUUAGUCUAUUUCUGUCAUUUGUUGGGUACAGUAAGCCCUUGCCUUUGUUGGUAAUUGCUGCAAUAUAACCUGUUCAAAACUUUUUUGAAGUUUUAAACCAAAUGAAGUUCCAACUGUAAUGCUGUGUUUGCUGCAAUAUAAUAGCCUGCUAAUAUUUUCCCUAUAAACAACUUCUUGACUUACUUUUGAUGUUACCCUAAUAAAAAUUAGCAACUUUUGUGAA